AAUACACACAGCAUGCAUAAAGAUUCUUUAGAAAUUCAUCCUUUGGACUUCCAUUUCGGAUGUUCAAUUACAUUACCUCCAUAUGCCAAGAAUGAUCCCGCCAACCUAAACGAACAAGAUUUCAAGAAGUUGUAUGAAGCAGUUCACCAAUACUUGGUAGUUGUUAUUCCUGGACAAGAGAAACUUAGUCCUAAAUCACAAUAUCUUCUUACUAAACGAUUCGACCCUUCUAUUCCUGAACCAAAGGACACAGCAGGCGCUAAUUAUGGACAUGGUAAAGAAUUUAGACAUACACAAUCAGUAUUGAGAAAAGACGGUACUUCGGUGAAAUCACAACCACAAGUACAAAUCUUGGGUCAAGGUGUAUUCGACAAAGAUGAACCGGGCAAUGAAAAUGGCGAGGCUAUAAAAUUGACUCAUCCUUCACACACUACCUUCCAUCAUACUCCGUUAACUCCAGAUCAAAUUAAGAAUGAAUCAAAGACUAGGUUUUACAGGUGGCACAUUGAUAGUGCAUUAUAUGAUUUAUCUCCCCCUAUGGUUACUACUUUGUUGGGAAUUAAAGUCCCACCAACUACACAAUACCAAACUAUUUCCUAUGACGACGGAACAGGAGACGAACUAAAGUUAACUCAAGGUGCAACUUGCUUUGUAAGCGGCGCACAAGCAUUCAAGAAUCUAAGUGAUGAAGAUCAGGAAUUCGCCUUGAAUACUACAGUUGAAUAUGCUCCUCAUCCAUAUAUCUUCAUAUCUCCUGCAAGGGCUACUUCUGAUGGAUUAACUAUGGUUUCUGAAGGUAAGGAAAUGAACUUUGAAGAAUUGCCUGAAUGGGAAGCUUCCAAAGUUAAGAAGCUUCCUAUGGUUUGGACAAACCCUGUCACAAAAGAACACCAUUUGCAAGUCCAUGGGUGUUGCUUAUACAAGCUUCACACAAAGGUAGGUGAAACCAUUGAAACUUUAGCUUUAGAGGACGCAAGAGAAAAAGUACACAAAUUAAUGCGCCCAAAUAUUUCCCCCAACCAAAUAUUGGCCCAUGGCUGGAAACAAGGAGAUUUGGUUAUUUUCUAUAAUCGUGGUGUUUGGCAUAGUGUUACUGGUGAAUUUAAAGGGGUUGGAUCUAAUGGAGAAGAUGAAAGAAGAUUAAUGCACCAAUGUAACAUUGCCAGUGGUAUUGAUCCGGUAACUAUUUUUUAACUAGUUUUCAUCUGCCAAGGUAAUUGUGUUUCGUCUAUAGUUGUAGUUUGAAGUUUGUUUAAUAAAUUUUGUUGGUGAAUUUCGUCACAUGCCGCCG